AGCUGCGCUUUUUGCUCCCUCUUCUGGAGAGGUCAGCUUUCGGGGGUGGGUGGGGGGAGUCUGUUCUGUAGAAGGAGUGUUGUGUCUUGAAAACCAAACAGCAACAGUACAGGCUUCCCAGGGGCACCUGUGUGGCACCAGGUGGGACUUGGGCCUUGCGAUCUGUGGGGUCAAGCAACCCCAUAGCUGCAUGGGGAUCUUUUGACGCCGUGGAACUGGGCGGCUCUGGGACUCCUUGGCUUUCUGCUUGUCGGUGGUUCGUGUCCAGGUUGGGGCUGAGCGCUCGGCCUGCGCGUCUCUGCUGGCGGGGGGUUGCUGGAGCCGGGCCCUCCUGGCUGCUGCCCCACAGGUGUGCGUGUGGCUCAGCAUCCGCCUGCUCUCGUGUGGCCUUUCUGGUAGAACGCCGAGCUUCCUGCAUGCACUUUGCAUUUUGUCUCCUAGCGCUAGGACUAGAAAAGAGAGCCCUUUCUGGGGAAGCCCUGUUUUACAGUGGGUUUGGUGGUGCAGGAGACCUUGCCGUAGAAAACACUUGGGAGUUGCCAGAGUUUGCGGUCUCGAACUCAGGGACAGCCUUCACCCCUGGUCUCUCCAUCUCUCUGUGAAGGGCCAUGUUGCCAGCCGCCUCCAGGACAGGGCUCCUAAACCUGCCUUAACUUGACUGAAGCCCUGAGUGGGGACACGUGUUCUCCCCCAUCCCCGCUCCGAUGGGACCGUUGGGAUGUUUGCACAGCGCGCUCCCUUCUCUUCCCGCAGAUCCAGUAUUUCACCAAGCUUUUUAGGGUGCAGAGUCUGAGAGCCGUUCCGUCUACAAACCUGCCCCGUUGUAAAUGGACCACUCACGUUCCCCUGACCUUUCCAGGGGCUGCGGGUUGGCGGUGGUGGGGGAAGGGACCCCGUUUCUCCCAAGGGCUCAGGGAUGAUACUCCUGCAUUUCUGCGUGAUGUUGGCAUGUGGUGGCAGAGACUGUCCUUUGUGCUCACGUGUGCGCCAGGCUCUGGGACAGCGGGCGCGCCUCCGGGUUUGUGUGCGCUUCCCACUGCCCCCGCUCUGGGUCCCUGGGACGUGCAGCAUCCCGGCUGACAGUUGUGGGGCCCUGUCACGUAAGUGCCAGACUGUCCUGGCCUUGACUGCUCGUGCUCCAUCGUUGUAAUCAUUAAACUGACUUUCCUUACGUUAACGACGUCCCCUUUAUCUUCUGUGAUAUGGUGGGUUUUUUGUGCAUGUUACCUCUACGCUUUCUUCUGACUUAAAUUUCUAAAAGCUCUGGUGUAAAUUUUUGAUGUUGGGGAAAUCACGUUUGCCUUUAAAAUCUGGGGUUUGGGAAUAUCUGAAGAUACAUCAGAUUAGAAACGGGAAGGUUGUAGGGAAGGAGGAGAAGGAACAGCUGGCCCGGGAGGCACAGCCCCUUUGUGGUCCGUAGGUACGACGAGGGGAAGCGUCUUUCAGGAUUUCUGUGGGUCCUUCUAGGACAGAUGUGACACCAGCAAGUUGCUCCUGUGCUUCAGCGCGAGCCUCGCCCUUCCCUGUGGCCGCCCCGCCCCGCUUUGCGGCUGGAACUGUGUGCUCCUUCCGUCUCAGAGCUCCCGCCCUCGGCUGAACCCCCCAGCGGUCACUUGGGUCUAAGGAAACUUCGUCAGCUGACUUGGUGACUGCUCUUUUGUCCUCCUUCUCUGUGAUUUUAGGGAGACCAGUCUUGCUCGGUGCUGGUGUGCCCUGCAUCUGCGUGCUGGCUGGCAUUAGCCAUGGUCUCGUACUGUUCCCGUGACCCUCCAGAGGGAAGGCCACCCCUGCAGCCAUGAACCUGGCCUGCCACAGCUGGGAGCGGCGGCUGGGAGCCUGGCCGUGUGCCCUGGACACGGGGUGGCAGGCUGUCUCUGGAACGGGGCCGCAGGAUGGGGCGACGUAGCUGCUGCCCAGAGUGUCUGAGUGCCCGGCUCUGCGCACAGCUGUGCCGGACGCCCGGCCACCAGGAGCCGCAGUGCAGCUGGUGUCCAGAGUUGGGAGCAUUUCCGUUCCUUGCAGCUGGAAUGAGCCCUUCAGGAAGUCCCUUGUGUUGAUCUGUGUUGAUCCACCAGGCCUCUCUCGUUCAACUGUUUAUCUUAUGGGGGAGGAGCAGUUUAGACGUUUGUAUUUUUCGUGCUAGUCUGCACAGCAAUACCGGCUCGUGGGGGAGAUGCUCGGGGACGUCAGGUGAGGAGCACGUGUCCCUUCUGCUUCCGUGAGGGUAAUGGCCAGGGUCACGGGUCUCGCGUUUCCCUCCGUUCUUUCAAGCAAAUGCAAACACGUGUCUGAGCGAUUUUAUUCCCCGCAGACAAGAGCACGUUGACCGUGUUCUUGUGUAACUGGCCUUUUUCCUAAAUCCCUGUGGGAAACAUAACGGGCCGCCGUACCACAUCGUAACAAAUCCACGGUGGAUCGAAGACCUGGAUGGGAAAAUGGAACUGGAAAUGUUUUUCAAAAAAGGGAGUUGAAGUCUGAAUGCCAUCCACAGCCUUUUCUUUGUUGCCGGUGUGUUCGGUCCGUGCCGUGGAGUCCCCGGGGAUUACACAGCUCAGGAACGAGCUGUGGCAGCAUACACCCACCAGCCUGAUACACUCUUCAUAAAGCAAGUGGAACGGGUCUCAGCGACGCUCCCCCCUCCCCAGGACCUCCUCUCUGGCCCUGCCUCUUCCCUGCAGUACCUUGGGACCCAGGGUGCUCGGCCAGGCCGGGUUGGGCAGGCGGCCUUCCUCUCCAGCAACUGGGUGCUGCUGGCAGGUAUCCGGCCCAGCCCCAGGUGGAGGAAACAGGCGCUACGGCCGUGAUCCGGACCCGGGCUGGUGCUCCCAGAACCCAGGGUGUCCGUGUGCGGUGUCUGAGGGGUGAUGGGUAUCCAGCAGGCUGGCAGGCUCGUGUGCAACCUGUUGGUGACUGUCUGUUUUGUGUCCUGUAGCCAUGGGGAGGACUUCCAGCUGGCCUGGCUGUCUCCUUGGCUCCGUGCCGUUACUCGUGAGACACACCGUUUGCUGUGCGCCUGAGGCUUCUUUGUACGGGGAACGUGGUGCUUGUUUAAGGAGAAUACAUGGUCAUGGUCCGCCAGGGCUGCUUCCUGUUCCCGGCACCAUGGCCCCUGGAAGGCAGGGCUCAUUGUUGUGUUGGCGCGUGGUCGGGGAGGCCAGGGGCCCCUCACUUCUGGUCCUUCAGUUACCAGGGAAGCCCUGUUUUCCUUUUGUAAACACAGCAGAUCGUAUCCUUUGGCUUUUACGUGGUGUCUUACAAAGCUGUAAUUCUGCAGUUUCUCCUUCGCCUACCAACCUGUUUCGUUCCCCUGGGUGGAUAAACCUCUUGGGAGACUUGUCCAUUUCCUCCCCGGUGGGCUUCUGCCCCCGCUCCCUGCCCGUGCCCACAAAUGAUGCAGGCCCCCACGGACAGGCCUGUGAGCUUACAGAUUCCACCACCCCCAGCUAUAUGCCUCCCUAGGUCAGGUGGCCUCUUCCCUUCCAGAAGCUAGGUCAGUGGAAUCCCAUUAUGGCGUUAGUAAAGGGUCAGUAGUUGAAAUUCUCGGAGGUUGUAAUGGGUCCUGGUGGUACUUUUCCUAUUUCAGAAAACCCAUGACAACACCUCCAUUUCCGCCUGGAAAGGCCUCACAGUUGACAACAGCACAGGUCUCCGCUAAAAUGAAGUGUGUUCAGCGUGGUCACUAGUCCUCACGUGGGAACGGGACUUGGGGCUAACAGACUAACUCUGGCCACUCUGGCCGCUCCCUUGGCCGAGCCUCUGCACGGCAUGGCAGUGGCGUAGGUCCUGGCCACAGAGGGGAAGCAGGGCAAAGGUCCGGCCGCUCUAGGAGCCAGGUGCCGACACUGCUGCUCCGUGGACGAAGCCUGAGACCGUGUAAGUGGUGGAGGCCGGGCACAAAAGACCACAUGUCCUGUGCUUCUAGCGCUAUGUGUGUGGAACGCGGCGGGCCGCGCCGGCAGGAGGUGGCGUGUGGGCGAUGGGGGCAGGGGCGAGUCACUGCUCAUGGGUACGGGGUGUCCUCCUGGACUGAUGGAGACGUUCUGCAAGGGGUGUGAUGGCUGCAGGCUCUGCGAGAGCCCCCACGCCACUGAAUGGUGCGCUUUACGUGGGUGAAGCAUAUAGCCCGUGAAUUGCAUGCAGUGGGUGCCAGGCUAGCGUGUGGGGCCGUCAGAAGCCCUCUGGAUGUGGGCGCUGCCAGGUAGCGGGCACCAGCGAUGCAUCGGGCCCUGUGUCAUCACCCUCGUGUUACAGACAAGGAAAUCCUUUCCCCAAGAGGCUUGGUCCUCUGUCUGAUGAUGAGGGGGACCGAAGCCCACUCCCUUGUGGCAUGAGCCGUGGGAGGGAGGGGCACCGCCAGAUCUGCGGGCUCACCACCAGACCCCUCUCCAGGCCGCUCUUGCUGGGGGCCCGUCUCCCGCCCACCCCACCGUGGGCCACCCUGGCUGCCCUUGCGCCCCUCUCCGCUGCACCCUCUCCUUCACUCUGGCUUGGUUAUCACAGUUUGCCUUCCCCCACGUGUCCCUGGGUCCUUGACACUCCCAGGCCCCUGCUCUUGGGGCUUCAAUGACAGAGGUCCCAGCACAAGCCUACACUGACUCCCUCCCCAUCAGGUGCUGCUCGCUGCCCUGGGCUCAGCCUCUGGAGCAACGCAGCUCCUUAACCCUGCAGGCUGGCCGUUCGUGGCCUCCACACCCCCCUGCUGUGUCCUGUGGCCUCCUUUCCGCCUGCAGUCUGCCGGCACCCAGCCCUCCCCCAUGGGUCCCUGCUUCUUGCUGCAUGGCCCAGAUGUGGAGAAAGACAGUCACAUGACACCUGGGCCUCCUCACUGCUCCCAUACCCUUCUCUAGGCUGGGCCCAGGCCUCCCUCCUCUCCCACUCUUCUGAGCUCCCGCCCCCCAGGCCUGCCUCACGCAUGUCCAGUGGCUCCAGCACACUUCUCCAAGGCACACGGAUGGCUUUCCAGCCCACUGGCUGCUUGUCACGCCCCUGGGAACUUAGCACUGGCCAGACCGGUCCCCUCGAUCCUCAGGUCUCCCAAGUGUGCAGCCUCUUAGUUUCUCCGAUUGCCUGGGCCUGGCUGACCCCAGGGCCUUUGCACUUGCUGCUGCUUCAGGCUUGCAUGCCUUCUCUCACUUCCUCCCCACACCGCUUAGAUGCUGCCUAAGACUGAGGCCACCAGCUUACCCUGCGUAAGUGGAGAAUCAGUCCCUACUCAUGCUCUGCUUUUCCCCUGCAGCACAGGCCUGACCUGAUGUGGUCUCUCUCCUUCUGUGGGGAUACACGUCCCUGAGGGCGGGGGGUUUGUCUGUUUUGCUCACCGUUGCAUCCCAGCAAACAUGGAUACCCCAAGAAGGAUGGCCCAGGAGUGAGAGCAGGAUGAGAAGCCAGGCCUGGGUGUCGUGCCAGCAAGGGUCUUGGGUGGGGGGUUCACAGCCCAAUACCUUGCACUUGGGGCCCUUCUACUCCCCCUCAGCCCUGUGAGCAGCGCGACCAUCCUCCAGCUGCCGCAUCGCUGCCCUGCCCCCUCUGUGAUGUCAUGGGGGCUGUGUGAUGUCACAGCAGACAGGGCGGGCCUGCCGUGUGAUGUCACAGCAGACAGGGCGGGCCUGCUGCUGGUGGGAGCAGUGGAGGGCGGAGGUGCCGGUUUCUUAUUUGAUCCGAAGUUGUCCACUUGGAAGUGUAAUAGGACCGCGCGGCUGAGGGGGCUGGGCUGAGGGCAUGGUUGUCAGGUUCCCUUGAACCCCCCUCAUCUGUCCUUUGACCGCUACAAUGAGAUACGCACCAGAAUUCAAAAAAUCCCCCUCGCACCUCCUGAAGAAAUUUGCAGUGUGCGACAUUCCUCUCUACGACAUCUGUGACUACAACGUCACCAGGGACCGCUGCAAGGAGCUUGGGUGCUGCUUUUACAAAGGCGUGUGCUACGAGAACGCGGUCCCCAUCUACGUGCAGGUGUUCUCUGCCUUGAUCGUGAUCAUUGCCGGAGCCUUCAUCAUCACCAUCAUUUACAGGGUCAUUCAAGAGAACAGGAGAGAAAAGGAAGUGCCCACGGACGUACCUCUGUCUCCCAAGUCCAGUGAGAAAGUGGAGACGGCCCCACCCGGCGAGGAAGUGGCCACCAAGCCCGCGAGUACAGAGCCGUUGAGCAAGAGUGAGAGCAGCAGGGAGGAGGAUGCCUCCCUGACGAUCACGGAAGAGCAAGAGACUGAGGACUGAGGGCACGGCAAAGCCGAAGUAAAGGUCGGCAGACGCGCUCCCCGAAAGGGCCCAGCCGGCGAGCCGCCGUGAGUGUGCGAUGGAAAGAGCACAAUGAGAAAACAGUAAAGGUAUUUUCAGUGCUUCAUGUGCGCGUGGCCGUAGUCAAUGCAGCCCUUCUAUCUUCGGACAGACCCAGCCUGUGGGUGUGAGGGCGCUGACGAGGAGCUCCCCGCGGCCAGCCGCGCCGCCUGUGACCGCUGCUGGAGUCUGGCCAAGCCACCCUGCCGGCUCGGGGCCCAGGCUGCACCUGCACGGGGCGGGCUUGUUGCUCCGACUCGUGGGGGCUCGGGGCCUGCUCCGCAGUGAGCCGUGCGAGGAGAGGCAUGGCACCCGGCCCUGGGAGGCCCAGGCCACCUGCCACAGCUUCCUCACGAAACACGCAAGAGAUUCCAGGGCAGCCACACACACUAA